AUGUUAAGGACCGCUCCAUUCACUAAUAGAAGCUUCAUAAGCAUCAAUAGAAGGAUAUUAGGCAGGACUAGGUACUCAAAUAGUGCCAAAGAUGACAAUUGCGAUCGUCUAAAACAACCGAGCAUAACAAAACCAGUGGAUCCAUCUGCCAGAGUAUUGCGUCAUUUACAGUUUACAAAGAGGAUACCAUUUGAGCAAGGUUUGGCGAUUCAGGAACAGUUUGUUAGAGCUAAUUUGGAUAUGAAAAAAGUACAAUCUAAAAUUGAACAGAAACUAAUCGAAUUGGAUGAGGAGUAUCAAGGGAAUGCAACUAUAAACUCUAAUGAAAAGCAAAUAUUGGAUAAGAUACUGGCAAUGAAACCUAACCCUAUGGUUUUGACGUUUGAAUACGAACCUACUUAUACUGGAGGGAAAAGAAUUAAAAAGAUAAUUACACCAGAACAGAUAUCAAAAUUAGAGAAUUUUAAACCCACAAAGGAAAUCGCAAACCCUUCACCAAAAUUUGUACAAGUAGAAAGAGGAGGAGAAGUAACAUUCCAUGGACCAGGUCAAAUGGUUGCGUAUAUUGUAUUGGAUUUGAAAGCAUUUAAGAAUUUUCCUGCAAGAUGUUUAAUAUCUGCCAUUGAAAAGGCUGCGAAGAACACGUUGAAGGCAGCUCCAAUAGGAAUUGAAAGAUUACCGCUAAAUAUUGACACUAAGAGGGUUGGUGAUAAAACUGGUGUAUGGGCUUUGAAUGAUAACAAGAUAGCCAGUAUUGGAGUUCAUGUGAGGCGCUCCAUAACAUCACAUGGAGUAUGUCUUAAUGUUUACCCGGACCUUUCAUAUUUGAACAGUUUUGAGAUGUGUGGAACCCCAGAUGGUAAAGCUACGAGUAUCGUAAAGGAAAUGCCUGAUACAAACGUGAACGUUCAAGAUAUAUCGAUUGCGUUUGUGAGAGAAUUUGCAAAACUACUCGGAAUUGAUACAGUCGAGAGAAUGCAAACGGAUGGCUCUGAAAUGAACCAAUUGUAA